AUGGCAACAAGCUCGAUUCCCUCUGCUCCAGCAGGCAAUCCACACUAUACCAUCCGCGCAAUCCCCACCAAAGGUUACGGCUGCUUCGCACUGAGCGACCUCCCCCGCGGCACCCGCAUCCUUUCCGACACCCCGCUCCUCGUCGUCCCCCAGGCGCAAUACCACACUCUUCACUCCAGCCAUGGCCAAGAUCCCAAAGGCUGGCCCAGCCGCAUCCACGAAUCCGUCCUCCCAAAAGAACGCACGCGAAUCGAGCAACAGCACGCCGCGCGGACAGGCAAGGAAGCGAGUUUGAUCAGCAUUUUCCAGACGAAUUGCAUGGAGAUGAAUGCUGGUGCUGCUGUAUUCCCGCACGCGAGUCGGUUCAAUCAUUCGUGUAAUCCGAAUGCAUGUUUUUCGUUCAAUCCGUCCACUGGUAGAGAGAACAUCCAUGUCAUGAACCCGAUCUCUGCCGGUACCGAAAUCACCUUGAGCUACUGCGACAUGAUGCACGAUAAACCACUGCGCGCCUACGAACUAAAGCACUACGGCUUCGUGUGCGACUGUCCUGCUUGUGCCGAUGACGAAGAUGAUGAAGAGAGCUUUGGAGCCAAGAGUGCGGAACGCAGGUUCAGGUUGGCGGAGUUGGAGAGGGAGACGAGGUUCUUUAGGGGCGCGGGAUUGAGCCAAGGAAGCGAGCAGCAAGACUUUGUGAAGAAAUUGUUGGAGUUGGCGGCGUUGCACAAGGCCGAGGGGGACUAUAGUGCUAGGUUGGCUGCUGUAUUCCACGAUAUCGCCCUCGUUUGUGAGAUCAAGGGCGAUAUCCACAUGGCGGACGUGGCCGCAACCAAGGCGCUCGAGGUCAAGAGAGAUUGUCAGGGGGAAGAUUUUCCUAGUUAUGGCAGGUAUGCUGAUGUCGUUCAUCGUAUCAAGGCAAAGGCCGCGCUGCAGCGUUGA